UCGUUGCUAUAUUCUUUGCCCAAGAUGAAAAGUUAUUUUUCAGUUUUUUCAUUAAGUCGUUAUUUUAUUUUCAUUUUGGACCGAUUGAGUUGAUUUGCUGUUCUUUUAUUGUGCGGUUUAACGGGUGAAUGUUAAUUUUCUCCAUCAAAUUUUCUCCACAUUAUUGUAUAACCGAUUGCCUGCUACACAGGGAUAAAUUGUGUAAGGACGUAGACGCAAGUGAAUAAUCUGCGGUUAUGUAAACUAAUUUGUCAACAAUUGUCAAAAGAAAACACGUUUAUUUGGGUCAACAUUAAUAUAAUUUUCCUAUUAUAUAUCCCAAAACCCUCAAAUUCGAUAAAAACUGCUGAAUUCCCUACGUCUAUAAUAAACGUUCAUAUUUAUAAAAGGCCCGAAAGCCAAAAUCUUAGACGGGAGUCGGAAAAUCCUACAGAAUUUGGCUAAUGUAAGUGAACAAAUUCAUUUUCACCAGAACUUAGUACUAAAUCAACAUGAACUUCAAUCAGUAGAUCAUUUAGAUAAAACAAAUCACUUGACAAAAUUGUGACAAUACGCUUUGUGGUAACAUUUCACCUUAUCAGAUUAUCAUGUUGAACUAAUAGCUGUCUCCUUUGGUGUGAAUGUGGGUCAUUAAACUGAUGAAACAACCGGUUUGGGUUCAGAAAAACGACAUCGCAAGUACCUAGUCGCUUAAUGCUGAAUUUAGUGCGCCUGCAAUAGCGUGUAGUCUUUGACCUGCAGUGGUCUAGUGAACGAUUAUUUAGUUACUUCGCAAGAUGAGGCUGGUUAUUUUGGAUAAUUCGGAAACUGUAGCUGAAUGGGCAGCUCGAUAUGUCCUCAAGAAGAUUAACGAGUUCAACCCUGGCCCUGAUAACUACUUUGUAUUGGGCCUACCAACAGGCAGUACUCCCUAUGGCAUGUACCAGAAGUUGAUUGAAUACUACAAAGCAGGAAGAGUCUCUUUCAAAUUUGUUAAAACCUUCAAUAUGGAUGAAUAUGUCAAUCUGCCAAGAGAGCAUCCAGAAAGCUACCAUUGCUAUAUGUGGAAUAGCUUCUUCAAGCACAUAGAUAUAGACCCAAAAAAUGCCCAUAUUCUCGAUGGGAACGCCCCUGAUCUGGUGAAGGAAUGCAUAGAAUACGAGAAUAAAAUCAAAGAAUCUGGAGGAAUCGAUUUGUUUAUUGGAGGAAUUGGACCUGAUGGCCACAUUGCUUUUAACGAACCCGGCUCCUCUUUGGUGUCUCGAACCAGAGUGAAAACCCUCGCCCAAGACACUUUGGAAGCGAACGCGCGAUUCUUCGGAAACGACAUUAACAAAGUGCCUAAGCAAGCCCUCACAGUCGGAGUGGCCACUGUAAUGGAUGCGAAAGAGGUGAUGAUUCUGAUCACCGGAUCACACAAGGCUUUCGCCCUUUACAAAGCGAUUGAAGAGGGAGUGAAUCAUAUGUGGACCGUGUCCGCCUUCCAGCAGCAUCAGCACACUUUAAUAAUAUGCGACGAGGAUGCCACUUUGGAAUUGAGAGUUAAGACUGUCAAGUAUUUUAAGGCACUAAGCGGCGUCCACCAAAAACUAAUCGAAGAAUCCGAACCAUUGGACAGAUACAGGACUAUCCAUUAACGAUUAAAUGAGCUUGUCUGCAGAGCACGAAGCCUUGAUAUCAGAGCAAUGAUUUUAUAUGCAUGUAGGUAUUGGUUUUGUUUCACAAAUUAAAUUGAAUUUUUCAUCA